AGUGCGCUCGGGCAUGAAAUGUCCAUUGUGAUGAAAUUGAAUUAGGUUAUGCUUCUUUUGCUUUAGUAAGCGUGUUAAAAUGAUAAUGAUGGCUUCUGCUAAAUGAACCUUGCCCGAAUGUGUAAUGUACUACCAUUAUGUGGCUAUGCAUAACAAGCUUCUCAUUAAGAACAAACGGAACAGACAGAUGUUGGAUAUAUAUACGGAAUUAAGUUAAAAAUUUUAGGCACAAAACUAGGUGUAAUCGCUAUGUGUCGUACUGUGUGGAUUGUGGCAAUCGUUGCGGGCAUCGCGUAUGUCCACCAGCUAGAAGCGUCGGUGCGCAUUACCAACUACACGGACGAGUGGGAUCCAAAGUAUCUGGAUGUGGAUUUGCGCGUCCGUCGGCUGGACCAAACUACUUCGAUCGAUUUUGAUUUGGAUCUUAAGCAGGAGCUCGACAAGAAUGUUGAGUACGAUGUGCGUUUAUGCAAAAGGGUAGCCGGUAAAUAUCAUCAGAUGAUGUACACGGGCAAGCAGCAGCUUUGCGGCAAGGAGCUGCGCCGGUCGCGCAAUCUGCUCGACCGAUACAUUGCUUCGGAGCUGGUGAAACACUCGAACCUGACGACCCGGUGCCCUAUCAAGACUGGGCACUACGAGGUGCGGAACUUUGAAAUCGACGAUCGCCAUCUGAUGAUGAGCGUGGUACCGUCGGGCGAGUUUCUGAUCGAGGUCGGUGUGUAUCAUCGCGGCAAGGAGAUCAAAAUGAAUCGCUGGUUUGUGACGGCAACGUAAAUUUGCCCGGAUGCUGCCGUUUAAGCAGCAAUUUCACGCUAACGCCGGAAACCAUUCUACAGUAUUACUCGUCUUAAUCCUCCGUACCAGUUGGAGCGAAAAAAUUUCUCAUUCUUCGGUCCAAUGUAGCAGUUCACGGUGAAACCGAAGUUCGUCUCUGGCAAAAACGGUGGCAGCUUGACGCGAUUUAACGUUACGUUUUUGAAAACAUAGCGCUCCGGUUGGAUGGGACAGCCGGUGGGCACUUUGCCAUGCUGCCGCAAGUCAUCUAUCACUAAUGCACCGAACCGAUCGACGCUUGGUCGCUGCAGAAACCCGCAAAAGUCGUACGUUUUGUUGUAAAUCCAUUUUUCGGAAUUCAUAAUGCGUACAAAGUAUCCAACAUUCAUCUAGACAAAAAUUGGGAAAAUUGGCAAAAGCAAAGCGUUACGCGUUUUCUUUUCGGGGGAUUAGUGGGCGUGAUCUGCGCUUACUCGGAGCUUAUCAAGCGGA